CUUACGGCAAAACAUGGCGCUGUCCUGAGCAGCUCAGCGCAGGAAGAAGAAGCGCAGAGUGAGCGCUGUGGUCGGUCACAGAGAGCAGUCCACAUACCAGAACACUGUAGAGCAGCUCCUCGCUGUACUGAGGAGAAGAGGGGCUUUAAUGGCGGCAAAGAGAGGCAUCGCGUUCCAGGAAAAGGUCAGCAGACUGCUCAGCAAACAGAGCGGGAAACCAGUGCUGAAAGCCAACAGGAGCCUGUCUCUGAGGGACACUGUGGCCGACCGCAAGCAGAGGAAGGGAGAGGCCACCUGUGUCACAGAGAUGUCAGCCCUGAUGGUCUGUUGGAAGCAGCAGAACUUUGCAGAAGAACCAUGCUCUUAUGAGAUGAAAUCCUUCUUCACUUGUGUGGAGGAGGCAAAGGCUAUGAAGAAUAAAACUGAAAGCACGAAGGCAGAACGUCUGCCCCCAAAAGUAGCCAAGACCCUGCUGAAGAGAUACCCUAACCUACACACUGAGAUCUAAGAAACAAACCUCUUAAUGAAUCACUGAUACAGACUUGAAAUGUGCAGAUUAAUAAAAACACCAUUGGACUGAGCCCUGGAACUGGAGUUCAUCAUGUUACGUUAUGUUGUUAAUGACUGUAUGAUUCAACACCAUAUACAUUUAUUAAAUAAAUAAAGUUAGCAGUAGAACACUGAAAGAUUUCAACACAAACACUCCUUCCAAAGGUUAUUCACUCAUUUCAUAUUGCCUCUGUAAUGGUACAGCCUUUGUAUUCACAGCAUGCUGCAUUUUAUGGUUUGAAAUAUAAUGGGACUUUCUCCUUGUGUCCUGAAUUGGCUCUGAUGAAAAUUACGCCAUUUCGUCUCAAUCCAAUUUCCUAGAGUGGGCUUGUUCAGUGCUGAGAUGUUAUUAGUGGACACGAUGGAAUUAUUCUUCUUGGGUUUCAUGGCUCCUGGCCGGCAGCUUACUGUUAUCACCGAACACUUAAAUGCCUCGUCAUUCCUGUGAAGGCUGAUGCUGAAAUGAAAUCUGCCAGUCAGACAGAUAGAGUUACAUAUGUUACCAGUAAGCAAGGCUCAGUGGUUGAUAUGGAUAUUCCUGAAUGGAUUUAAACUGUUUUUCUUUAUCGAGUCUUUUAUCUGUCGAAUUAUACAUAAUUAAAUCUGUGGGAACAUUU